GUCUUGUCUGCAGAAAAAUUCGGAGACGCAAAAUCACCUUGACGCCGAAUCUUCCUUAAACCUCGCAGCCGGUGACUCGAUCACAGUGAUCGAAUCUUCCUUUUCAACUAUCUCGUUCUGUGAUCAAACGAGUUUGAUUGAGUUUUUGAUAAACCUGAUUAAGCGAUUGAUUUCGCGUUUUUAAAACAAUCAAUAUUGUGUUUGGAGAUUGAACAAAUUUAGGGUUUUUGAGGAUAACCUAAGUGUUUAUGAUUUGAAUCUUUGUGUGUUUUGAGAUUCUGGGCAAUGUUGGAUUUUCGGGACGGUUUGGUGGCGGCAGAGUUAGUGUGUGUUGGGGUUUAGGAGGUAGUAGUAAUUAGGGUUUGGAAUCGGGUUAUGUUUAGGGUUUUUGUAGUUGUACAAGAUGGGAGAGGAUUAUGAACUUGAAGAAGGAGAGAUGAAUUGUUCUUCUGAUGAAGCUGUUGUUGAUCUUGACGUUGAUCUCUCUUACAUUGACAAGAAGGUGCAGAAUGUACUUGGCCACUUGCAAAAAGAUUUUGGAGAGGGAGCCCUGGACCGGUUUGGUCCGAAGAUCUGUGACUAUGGAUCAUUUUUGCCCACAUACAAACGUUCGGUGGCUGUACCAUCAUGUCAAAGGAGUUCCCUAGGGAAUCAUGCUGUACAAAGAAUUUCCAACAGUUUACCCGGGAAGAAUGUGGUUCAAAAGUUUCAGUCACUCCCUGCUACAUCUUCUGAACUAGUAAGAAAUCGGGAUCCUCAGAACUAUCAAACUUCAGGAUCUCUUUUGGCUCAAGCUCUAGGAAAAGUUCCCAUAAAUAAAGGAAAUGCAAGAACACCGGCCAAUGAUUUGCCUGAUCAUAAGCCUAUUAGAGUUCGGAUCAAAAUGGGUUCUGAAAUCUUGUCCCAAAGUGUCACGAUGGUUUGUAAGGAUCUUGGUCUCGAUGGUUCUCCAAAAUCACCACCCCGAACACAUACAUCUCUGGGGAAGACAAGUGAAUCUCCUUCCCGCAUUCUUCGGGAAAUGACUGCCAUUUCUGUUCCAGAGGAUCUACUGAUGUCGCCUCUUCCUGAUAGUCUGCUUCUUGUGAAGGAUAAGGAGAAGCGAUAUACUUUAUUAGACAAUCAACCUGUGAUUAAGACAGGAAAGGAACCUUCUAUUCAGACACAGAACAAGUUUUCGGAUGUUUUAUGUUGUGAGAAAACUCCAAUUGGAAGGCGAAGGAAAGAGGUAGACUGCUUUGAUGCCACCACUUGGAAUGAGACGAAGAAGCAAAAAGUUUUUUCCACUGGUCAGCGAGCCAGGGAUAACUCAGCUUGUGGUUUAGGUGGGGCAAGUUUUACUACAAAAAGUAUCUUGCAGGAAGGUUGUAGAAAAGAUGGAGAAAGUGAUCCCAGAGUCGCAAAUAAAAUAAAGUUUGUUGGGUUGCAUGCUGUGAAGGAGAAAAAGACAUGUCCGACAAAGUUGCAACAGAACAGUAGCAAAAAUCGUUUUGGUGAUAAAUUUUUAUCAAAGAUGCCUUGCAAGGAUGCCACAUAUGUAUGUCACAAUAGCAUGGACAUUAAGUUUGAUUUUCCGGUUGCAACUUCUUCCACCAGUGUUGACGUAGAUAAUUGGGCCCAAUGUGAGAGUUGUAUGACAUGGCGGCUAUUGCCCUAUGGCCUGAAUACUGAGCAGCUGCCUGAUAAGUGGUUGUGUAGCAUGCAAACCUGGCUGCCUGGAAUGAACCACUGUGGCGUCAGCGAGGAAGAGACUAAAAACGCAAUGAAAUCCUUUCAUGCUAGUGAGGGUCAUGGUCCUGACACUGGUGUUAAACUCCUCUCUGAUGUUAGUAAUGCUGAUAAAAGCUACCAACCUUUAACUUCUGGUUCAUUGCCUAAUCCAAUUGAAAAGAAGUCUAACGUCAAAGACUUAUCACAAGGAGUUUCAAAAAACAUGAAGCUGCCAGGAGAAACACUUAAGGCUACUCAGAUGUCCACAGACCUUGGUGUGUCGCACGAUUUUGUUCAGGAUAAGAUUGACCAGAAAGCAAAGUGGCGAGCAGCAGGUACUGGUUGUCAGAUAAAGAUCAAGAAGAAAAAAGAGGCUGACAAAAAAGAAAGUGAUGGUUCCAAGCAUAUCAAGACUGGUGAUGGUACCAAACUCGCCAGAGGUGUUAAAGCAGAAGAAAUACAUUGGAAUCAAGAUCCGGAAUGGACUCCAGCAGAGAGAAAAACAAAACGUCAUGAAAAUGAUUUUUACACUUUGGAUGUAGAGCGAGACACAAAGAAAAGAUUACUCGCAUCUAAAAAGAAACCUGACCACAAACCUCAACUGACAACUGCUAGUGGUUCCUUGUGUACAAAAUCUCAUGGAAAUAUCAAUAAUCCUGUGAGGAAAAUAAGGUUCAUCGGUUACAAGCAGGGUAAGGAUGGGAACAAUUCAAAAUUGUUUGCAGAUGGUGAGGAAAAAGAGCCCUCAAUGGAAAUGGCGGUAACAACUAAGAUUUCAGUCCAGGAAUCUAAAGCACACCAAAGAAAUGAAUUGUUUCAGGCUGAUGGCUCUCAAGAACACCGGAAAGCUGAUGCCACAUGUAGAUACUUCUCUGGUGGAAGUGGGCAGAUUUCUGGGGUAGAAACAUCAAGCUCGUCGAAGGUUUUAGGAUCACACAAAAGUGGAAGAAUGUAUGUGGAAGAAGUAAAAGCAUCCCCUGUGGAAUCAGUUUCCUCUUCCCCUGCAAGGUCUUCAUGCCCCACGAAUCUUGUAUCAGCUGGAGAAAGCAUAUCUCGGGAAGACCAAAACAUGAAAUAUGGUGAUGGUGGGAGUAUAAUUGUUAACAAUAGAAAACCCCUAUCUCAGGAAGCUAACUGUGAGAUUUUGUCAACAACUCAUCCUAGAAACAGGAAUCAGCCAAAACCAGAAGUAUGUAACAACUCAAAGUUUGGUGAUUUACCAUGCACAAGUAUGAAAACGUUCCUUGAGAAUAGAGCUGGGAUAAAGAAUUUCGGUGCCAUUAUUCAUGAGACUAUGGAUAGACCCUGCCAGGCUGCGAAUGAUAUACUUCAAGAGGCUGAAAAGCUGAGAAAGCGUGGUGACUGUUUCAAGAGCUCUGGAUUAGAAUAUCAAUACAAGGAGACCAUCUUUAAAGCGGCUCUGAGGUUUCUCCUUGGAGCUUCAGUUUUAGAAAUGAGCAGUACUGAUAGUGUGGAAGGGGGGAAGAUGAGCCAUAUUGAGGCUUACCAUUCUGCUGCAAAACUUUCAGAAAGCUGUGCCCAUCAAUAUGAAACAUGCCAAGAAAUGGCUGCAGCUGCUUUGGCUUAUAAGUGCACAGAAGUGGCUUGCAUGAGAUUAGUGUAUGGCAGAAGUCUAGGUCUGAGUGGAGAAUGGAAUGAAUUGCAAAAAAUGGUACAGAUGACUCCUCAAGGUGAAUCACCGUCAUCAUCCGCAUCUGAUGUCGAUAGUCUCAAUCAUCAAGGGGUGGUUGAUAAGUCUGCUAAAACCAAAAGAGGUCUUUCCCAUGUUACUGGAAAUCUUCUUCCUGUUGCUAGAAGCCAACUAAAUUUUGUUCCGUUAUUGGACUUUACGGAGAGCAUGAAUCUGGCAAUGGAAGCCUCAGCAAAAUCCCAAAAUGCUUUUAAAGCAGUCACUGUCACCUCAGAAGAAACAAAGCAUGGAGACUGUAUCUCUGCUAUCAAGAAAGUUGUCGAUUUUAGUUUCCAUGAUGUGGAAGCACUUGUAAAGAUGAUCGAGGUUGCCAUGGAUGCUCUACGUUCAUCAAGAUUCGGUGGCCCAAAGUGUUGACCCUAUUUUGUACAUAGGUUCUGGUCCUAUAAAGAAUAGAAUAGUGU